GCUAAAAAUAUAUAUAUGAUUAUAUAUGUAUACAACAUAUUUUUGCGGUUUUUACAUCUAUGAUGAUUGGUUGGCUGAAUAUUUCAGUGUAAUUAAGAAAAACAGAUGUUCUUAAAUGUAAAAAUAAAAUUCUUAGGAUUUGUUUUUACAAAUUGCAUAGUUUAAAUAAAAAUGAAUAUAUUCACGAUAAUAUUAUGUCAUUUUAUAUGUUCGUAGCUUCUUAUAACUAUUUUACAUUUUUCUCUUUCUAGCUGUCGGUAAUACAGAUUAUAUCUUUUAUGCAUUGCUCCGAACUAUGGACAUAGCAUAGAAUCGAACCAAAAACCAUGAGACGUAACAUGAAACAGAACCAAAUACUGUGUACACAGCAGUUAUCCAUCGAAAAUACUCAUAGGCAUGACUACGUAGUUCAAUGUGCACAUUUUGUGCACAUAAACACAUUAGUUGUCAGCUUUUAGCAGUUUUCAGCCAGUUCCAACUGAAAAUGCGGGCAUGGUGAUUUUUAGAUUUCUCCUUGCUCGAAUUGACCCAGUCCGAUCUGUCCUAACCUUACGGUCGGAAUUUGUCAUCCGCACGGUGGAAUAUCGUUCGUCGUCCGGAUAAUUCUGAUCGCAAUUAGUCAUUUUUGAUUUUGGCGUGGGGUUUCGACGUUGAGCGAUGUCGUCGCAACGCGGGUGAUCGACGAAGUGACGAAGUGAGGUGACACGCAUAGCAUCGCAAAAAUCUCUGUCCAUCGAGAGUUAUGACACUUUGACCGCUGUUUUUUGGAAGAGAUUGAGUGAUACUUGAGAAUAUAUGUUUACUCGAAACAAUGAUGGAGUUGAGUCAUAGUCUGACCCUCAACGAGGAUGCCCUUAAUCAAAUCCCAGAGGCUAAGCGGCCAGUUUUUAUUUUUGAAUGGUUACGCUUUUUAGACAAAGUUCUGAUUGCUGCUCAAAAGAGUGAUAUUAAAGGAUGUCAACAAAAAUUAGUGGAGCAAUUGACCAGACAUAUGCAAGGAGCUCCUGGUCCACCCACUCGGCGUCUUAUCGCAAGAUGUCUAGCUACUUUGUUCAGUGUGGGUGAUACAUUCCUGCUCUUUGAUACUGUCAAUAAAUGCAAUGAUAUCUUGAGGAAUAAGGAUGAUUCACCAAGCUUCCUGCCCACAAAACUAGCCGCUAUCUGCUGUGUUGGAUGCAUGUAUGAGAAGCUUGGAAGAAUGAUGGGCAGGUCAUAUGAGGAGACAGUACAGAUUCUAAUAAAGUCCUUAAGAUCUGCAGAAUCACAGACGCGAAUAGAAAUUAUACACACGUUAGAGAAGGUAUGUGCCGGAAUGGGAUCCGCGAUAACGAAUGUACAUAAGGAAAUAUACAAAGUUUCCAGGCAUUAUUUAACCGAUAGAGUGAUGGCGGUGAGAUGUGCCGCUGCCAAGUGUUUAUUGGAGAUGUUGAAUCACGCUCCAUUUUUAUAUACGACUGAAAUCGAAAGCGUUGCAACGCUGUGCUUCCGAGCAUUUGAAGGUUCAAAUUAUGAAGUAAGAUGUUCCGUUGCUAAAUUACUGGGUACCUUAGUGGCAAUGACGCAGCUUCCUUUACCGAAAAUAAAAAAUCCUACGGUUGCACACAAUAAAGGUGUUAAGCAGGCGUCACUUGAAGAAGUGUUAAAUAUUCUUAUGUCCGGAUUUUUAAGAGGAGGUGUCGGCUUCCUAAAAGGGACGGGUGAGAUCAUAAAAGGAAGUUCUAGCAUAAAUAGAGAAGUGCGAGUUGGCGUAACACAUGCAUACGUGGUGUUUGUUCAAAUGUUGAGCGGUACUUGGCUAGAACGUAAUAUCGGCGCGUUAAUUGCUCACGUUUUAGAUCUGGUUACAAAUCCAAAAGCCGCUAGCUCGCACGUCGAGGCAGUAUAUUCGCGCAAAUGUGUGAAUUUUAUAUUACGCGGUACUGUUGGCAAGUUGUUAGGGGAAGGCGCUCAGGCAGCUGCUUGCAAAGAGAUAGCGCAUAUUAUCCUGAAGCAAAUGAAUUCCAUCGAUUUCAGUCCGGAAAACGCCAAAGAUUGCAAUCAAGAGACGUUAUUCAGUCAGCAUUUAUUAGUAUGCGCAUUACAAGAAAUGGGCAGCCUGAUACUGGGAUUGGGUACCACGGCCACGAAUUUGUUAUCCGAUCAGUCUCUUAGUUUGAUUGAUGCCAUAAUGGCUGUCUUGGUGCAUCCAUGUCAAGCAGCUAGACUAGCUGCUUCCUGGUGUUUACGGUGCAUAUGCGUAGCAGUGCCGAGUCAAAUAACGCCUCUGAUCGACCGCUGUGUCGACGGAAUUGAAAAUAUGCGUAGCUCGCCAGAAGCUAUAGCUGGCUAUAGCAGUGCUCUUGCUGCGGUGCUGGGAAGUGUUCGUCUAUCACCCUUGGGAGUUCCUCACACUAAGGGAAAGAUAAUUUUCAAUACAGCGGAAGAGCUCUUGAGAAGCGCGAGUCAGAACAGUCGUUUGUCUUUAAAUCGCACGCAUGCAGGAUGGCUCUUAAUAGGAGCUAUAAUGACCUUAGGCACGGCAGUAGUAAAGGGCUUACUGCCUAGAAUGCUACUCUUAUGGAGAAAUUCUUUCCCGCGCUCGAACAAAGAACUUGAAAGUGAAAAAGCGCGUGGUGACGCUUUCACGUGGCAAGUGACUUUGGAAGGACGUGCCGGUGCAUUAUCCGCCAUGUAUAGUUUUUUGCUGCACUGUCCGGAGCUCCUGAACGACGAUAUUACACGGCGAUUACUUACGCCAAUAGAGUCUGCUCUGGCAAUGCUGACAAAUUUGUCUCCUGUUUUGAAGAAUUAUGGCCAACAAUUGAAAGCUCCUGCGGCUAUGGUUCGUUUGCGCUUGUAUGAAACGUUAUUGCUGCUACCACCGCAAAUGUUUGAAGGUUCUUAUACUCAUCUUCUGAGGAUGCUAGUAUCGGAGUUUACGCUUACGGAUAAUCCUGGAAACACGACUACUUCCUUGCUGAGUGUAGUUUGUCAUGCUAACGAUUCUGUAAUUCUCGGUACAUGGUUACAAGAAACUGAUCAUCGCACAAUAGAAGAUCAAAUGGAACCAAACAGAAGGGCAGAUUUGGAACAUCUUCAACCAAACAGUGCUGCAGGAUCUGGAGCAUUAGAACAUAAUACGUGCUGCCUUUACAGACCAAUGCCACAUUUUGAUAUGAUUCCUGGUCCUUUGCCGUUGGGUGUAGCGGUGAUCGAUUUAUCAGUCGCAUUAUUCGGCCAAAUAUUCCCGCGCGUAGCAAACAAGCACAGGUUACAGAUGCUAGAUCAUUUCAGCGAGUGCAUAAAACACACCAAAUCUGGAAGACAGGAAGCGAUACAAAUGAACGUGUUUACGGCUGUACUGAGCGGUUUGAAAGGUCUUAACGAGGCGAAAACAGGUUUCGGACAGGAAGAUGUUAAAAAAUCCGCCACUAAUCUUAUCAUCAGUACACUGGUCAGCAGCAAUCCUAUUCUGCGAUGGGCGGCAGGCGAAGCGGUUGGUAGAAUGGCCCAGGUGAUUUCCGACCCCAAGUUUACUGCGGAAUUAGCGCAAACUAGUUUCGAUCGUUUGAAAUCGGCUCGCGACGUGGCUAGCAGAACUGGCCACUCGUUGGCAUUAGGCUGUCUUCACAAAUAUGUCGGCGGAAUGGGCUCUAGUCAACAUCUCAACACUAGCGUCAGCAUUUUACUCGCACUCGCUCAGGAUAAUUCGUCUCCCGUGGUACAAGUUUGGGCAUUGCACGCUCUGGCUCUGAUAGCCGAUUCUGGUGGGCCAAUGUUCAGGGGAUAUGUAGAACCUACACUAUCCUUGGCGUUGACUCUUCUUCUCAAUGUUCCUCACUCUUACAUUGAUGUGCAUCAAUGCAUUGGAAAGGUUUUGUCGGCUCUCAUCACGACGAUAGGACCAGAACUGCAAGGGAAUACGUCAACGAUUUGCAUGGCGCGGUCAUCAUUUUUGUGUGCAUGCGCUAUUAUGCAGGAUCAUCAGGAUCCACUCGUUCAAGCCGAAGCGACUGGCUGCCUUCAACAAUUACAUCUCUUUGCACCCAGACAUGUCAACUUGUCUUCUCUCGUUCCUACAUUAUGCCGUACUCUGUCGAGCAAUCACUUGCUUCUGCGUAAAGCUGCAAUUUCAUGCCUUCGACAGCUCGCUCAACGCGAGGCGAAGGAAGUAUGCGAGCACGCGAUGACUCUGGCUAACGAAAGAGAUACUAAUGUAGUAGAGGGUCUUGUUAUCACCGAGACUGGUCUCCCGGGAGUGUUAUUCAGUAUGCUGGAUACGGAAACUGAUAGUAAAUUAAUCAAGGAUAUUCAUGAUACUUUAACGAGCAUGCUACAGAUAUUAGCAGCCGACAAUUUAUCUCAAUGGUUGUCACUGUGCAAAGACGUUCUCACAAUAGCUUCAGAAUCGAGUACGAUUGAAGAAGGUAACGCAGCAAACGCGGAAGAUAAUACCGCCGAUAAUGAAUCAGCGGACGCAGAGGGCGAUGACGAUCAGGCUGAGUUCCACGCUGACGAGUCCGCUAAACAGCGACCGUCUAUCACACCGAGAUGGCCAACAAGAGUCUUUGCAGCGCAAUGCGUACGGCGCAUCGUCGCGGCUUGUGUGAAUAAUAAGCAGGCGCACUUCGACCUCACCUUGGCCAAAGAAAUGCAGCUAUCUAAGGGAAAAGGAGAUUUUCUAGUGUUACAUCUGUCGGACUUGGUACGCAUGGCAUUCAUGGCCGCAACGAGUGAUUGCGAUCCAUUGCGACUCGAAGGUCUCAAAACUCUACAAGAGAUUAUCGAUAAAUUCGCUAAAGUUCCUGAACCAGAGUUUCCCGGACACUUAUUGCUCGAGCAAUUUCAGGCACAGGUUGGAGCUGCUUUAAGACCAGCAUUCUCCGCGGAAACACCGUCGCACGUUACAGCUGCAGCCUGCGAAGCUUGCAGCGCAUGGAUCGGCAGUGGCGUCGCCAGAGAUCUCAAUGAUUUACGAAGGGUGCAUCAGCUGCUAGUGUCGUCUUUGGAGAAAUUGAGAGAAGGUAACACGCGGCCGCAGCUUUAUAACGAGAGCUUAUCAACGCUGGAGAGAUUGGCGAUUCUAAAAGCAUGGGCAGAGGUAUAUGUAGUUGCAAUGAUAAGAGAUGGAUCCGCUUUGAAUAGCAAGGAUACAACUAAUCGAAACACGAAUCAAACCGAUGAAACUAACGAGGAGGAUUUCGGAGAAUUUGAGUUUCAGAGUGAAAGUUUACUAAGUCUUGUCCAACCGGAACUUCUGAGUCUGAGUCAACAUUGGCUAUCUGCAUUGAGAGAUCACGCAUUGCUUUCUUUGCCGCCAGAAUUUUCCAGCCAGUUGCCACAUGAUGGUGGUGCCUUUUACACGACAGACACUAUGGAAUCUGCGCGUCCUCACUAUGUAGAAUCGUGGGCGCCGAUUCUUCAUGCUGCGACUCUCUGGCUCAAUGCAAGGGGAUUCGAAAUGGGAGACAGCAACCAAGAAAAAGCGACAACUAAUCUUAACAAUAACAAUAAUAAUAAUAAUAAUAAUAACAACAACAAUGAUGAAGCCACUACUUCUAAAACUAACACGAACGUUGAACGUUUUCACUUAUUAUUUGGUAUAUGUAUGGAAGCUUUGUGCAGCCCUCGCUCUUCCGAAUCCCCGCAAAAUAUAAAGACAUGUUUAAACGCUUUGUACACUUUGCUUGAUUCAACAUGGGCACGUAAGGUCUUUAUUGCCGAUCGCUCUUUGCCUAUCGAAUUAUGUAAUGUUCUUCAUAGAUUGCUUUUAACACGAGAGAGUUAUGUCAUCCAAAUGAUAGUAAUGGAAGUGCUGAAACAAGUGAUGAAAGCUGCGCAGGAAGAUCUUGCUGCAAAGAAGAAAUUGAAACUUAAAGAUAAUGCAUCGGCGCAUCAAGAAAACAUCGAAACAUCAGACUUAGAUUUACUAGGCGAAGGAGAAGAGAGUGGCGAGCUUAUGCCAGGAAAAUCAUUGGUGUUUGCUGUUCUGGAAGUAUGUCUGUGCCUCCUGGUACGGCAGAUACCAGCGCUGAAUCCGAAUCCCGGUGGUGCCACUGCCAUCUUAUCCCAAAAAGGAUACGUGCCAUCUGAGAAGAGUGGCAAGCUGAUUGCAUCAUCCCUCAAUAUAAUGGAAUCUCUUCCCACAUUAUGUUCUCCGCAAGGAGCAAUAGCGAUCCUUCCAACACUAUUAUAUCUGGCAACGGGCGUGAUACGUGAAACCGCGGUACGUACAGACAACAAUAGCACCAAACCCGGUUCGGAAGCACCAGUUCAUGCCGCGCUGCACUGUGUCAAGAGUCUCACCAGCAACAAAUAUGCCCGGGAUCACAGGAGUCAGGAGCAAUGGACGGGAUUACUACGAAGUGCACUUGCCAAGAUUAUCGAUCUAGCCAAAACAGGCAAUGACGAAACUAAAAUGGAUGAGGUAGCGAUGAUGCUAGGUAUCGCAGUAUUCGUUCUUCAUGCCUCACCGGAAGUAGUGAGUGCUCCAAAUCUGCAAUUUCCAUGCAUUAAUCACUUCCGACACGCGUUUCAGUCUGAAAAUCUAACGGUGAAGCUGAAAUGCGUGCAAACGUUAAGAACGAUAUUUCUACAUCCGGAACGAAACAUAAGUACGCCGUACAUCCACGCGCUUGCGCCACGAUUGGUUGAAUAUCUGUACAGUGACAAAAGCAAGCAAGUGACAAACGACAUGGAACUAACCUUCACAUUGGAGUGCAUCAGCACGGUGGAAGCUCUGAUAGGACUCGCCGAUCUCUCUAAUCGAGAUUUGUUACAAGGUAUUCAAAUGCUGACACUGCUCGUACCGAUUUUGAUCAAUUAUCUACUGGAAGGAGAUGAACUUCAACGCGCUACGAAAUAUCAAGCGAGUCUCCACCAACAGAGUUUUCAGUGGCUCAAUAAGAUCGGACCAAAAUAUCCACAGGAGUUUAAAACGCUGAUGUCUCAGUCCACCGAGCUGAAAAUUAAAUUGGAGAAUGCAGUGAGAACUAAUCAUCAGCAGGUGCAACGGCACAUCCGGUCGAUUGAUCCUGUAAAACCGCAAAUCAAGAUAUCCGCGCCGUCGAUUAAAUUAAAAACCGACUUCUCCAACUUCAAUUAAAGAGAGAGAAAAUGAAAAAUCAUAAUCUCUCACAGAUAAAAAACAUAACAGAUAAUUUAGUAAAGCUUUAUAAAACUAACGUAAACGUAAUUAGAAGUAUAGAUAAUUAGAAGUAUCCGAUCGUGUUAACGUGAUUGACUCUACUCAACAAUUAUCAACAAGUCGAAUUAAUUGCUGUUUACAACAUCUUAGCAUCGUGAUAAUUAUAAUCGUGAUAUUUCAUCAUUAGAGAAUCGUACUCGACUGUACUUAGAAAUAAAAGGAUUAAAAAUUAGCGACACUAGACGAUAGAUACAUGGGAUAGGACAAGGUGACGUGAAUAAGAAAAUUGAUGUCGGAUCAAUUAAUCACUACUAAAAUGAUACUUAUCUUGCAUUCUCUUCAUCCCGUUUUAACUUACUAAGUACAAUAACGUUCCUGAUUUUCCAGUUAUGCUUUUCAAAGAGCAACAAGAUAACUCUUUAAAUUGUAUCUAACCAAAUCUUCAAAUUGUAUGUAUAUAUAUAUAUAUGUAGAGAUUUAGCAACAUAGAGAUUAUUAAUUUAUUUAAUAUUAUAAAUAAAGAUGUUGAUAUAUAUUCUCACCUCACAACUUGUGAACGGAUUAUGAAAAAUAACGAGUAAUGAUUUUACUUUCAUGAAAAAUGUAAUGUUAAAUUUAAUGACUACAAAUGUAAUAUGCACAAAAUAAGUUACAUAACAUACUAAGUUAUAUAAUAUAGAUAUCUCCGUGCUCAUUCAC